GAGACUAAAAGAAAUAUUGUGUACAGGUACUUUAAAUAGUUUACAGGUACUUUAAAUAGUUGCUGUAAAAAUGGCAUCCGUCUUAUAAAGAGCUGUUAGAUGUUUGAAGACUGCAUGUGUAUCUAAUGAAAUGGUCAGUCAGCCCUUGACGUUCCAUUUGUUUACAUGUGGAAAAUUAGUUGACUGAACUGGAGGCUUCAUGGUUGUGUCUUUUAGGAGCCAUGGUAACGUGUCGUAAAUGAGCCCAAGUGCAAGCGACUACUGUAAAUCCGACACCAGUGAGACACUUUCCACCAAGACGAAGGCAAUAGUGUACGGUUAAGUCGGAAUGGAUAACAUGACGUCGUUUCCUGAAGCAUCACUGCUGUCCACGGAAACUUUUCUGGUUAAGGGACGCGCAAAUUGCGACCUUCGUGGGCCCGGCGGUUGUCAGACGAAAGCGUUCGGCAGAUUGGUGAUGAGAUCUGCUUCGAGAGGACCCCCUUUUCGACAACCAGUUCGGACCUUACCAUCGAUUCAACCGUGCAACGAGAAGACAAGUGUCCUCCCUCCACUAGGAGGCAACCACGUACACCAUCAAGAGAAUAUGCAGCUCUUUGGCUUCUCCGAGAUGCUUUCAGGCGACCCUGGUUGGAGGCCCUUCACGUUGAGCUACUCUGAGAGAUACAAACCCAAAGUGAAUCAUGCUGCCUUUUUCCCAUCUACGUUAGUCCUUCAAGGCUUGAGCACUUUUCCAGUGCAGAACUGCAAGUACAGCAGGGCCAAAGUGAAUUAUCCAGCCUACGACCUCCCCACAGUUAAAGACAAUGUGACGAGUCAUCCUCAUGUAGGUCAGUCAUACACAGACCCCGUGAUGGGAGCCUCCUGCUCCUUUCUCCAUCGGAUAUCUGAGUUGUCCUGCUUGGAGGGUGAGACGGUGAGGCAGGAAAAGCUCAAGAGAACCAGGAUGUCCAGAAAAGCCUCAUCAUCCUGACAAUCACUGCUACGCCAGUCAAAGUGGUCCAGAGGGGAAACAGACUUUGAGUCGAUGCCGAGGAUGGGUGAAGGACAUCAACCCUUGAGGGCAACCUGUUCGUUUAAGUGGCUCCUUUUUUCUGCUCUUUUGUCUUCAUUGGUGCUAAUUUUCUGCCUGACAUGGUUAGCUGUUUCACUCUGUCAUUAAUUAACCUUUCACCAUGUCAACAUCAAUA